UUUACAAGUUCGGAAACAAAUAAUAUUCAGUUAAAAAACAUUAUAAUUAUGUCAAAUGAUUUGUUUUGGGAAAAUUCAUACCAAGAUGAUGAAGAAAAAUCUCAAAAGGAAUUCAUUCUUUCGUACUAUUUUACAUUAUUAAGAGCAACAGGUCCAUUAGAUGUAGGAACUUUAGAAGAAACUUGGAGAGAACAAAUAGAAUUAUUUUCAGAUGUAUCAUUUUAUGUUACACAUGGUAUUUCAAAUUUUCUUCUAAAUUCAAGAAAAUUUAGAUUUAUCAACGGAAAAAUACAUAUAGUGGAUAAGAAUGCAAAUGAAAAAACAGAGACUGAGUUAAACAAAACUAAUGAAUCAAAAAAUUCAAGCAUUAAUAAAAUGCGUGAUAUAAUCAAAAUAGAACAUCCAACAAUUGAUCAAAUUAUCACAUACAAUAUUGAACGAAAUAAAUCACUUAUUGAAUCCAUGAAUAAUGAAGAUGAAAAAGGCAAAAUAAAAUCACAAUCGUUGGCAUUGAAAAUAAACUCAAUAAUUACAUUUUCCAAUGUACAAAAACAAGAUGAGAUACAAAUUUGUGUGCGGCCAGCUGUAGAAUAUUCAAUGUAUAGUAUGCAUGAGUCCCUACGAGCUACUGGAUCUUAUUCCUUCAAAUAUACUGUUCAUUUAUCAGAUAAUGAAUUAGACAUUUUAUCAUGUUUAUUGCGAAAACAUGUAUUAUUGCUUGACUAUCGAAACGACGAUACUUUUGAAUAUUUAAUUUUAAGUGAAAAAUGUGUUCCUGAAGUGGAUGAUGGUUUAAAUCAUUUUGAUAGUUACUUAAUUAAUAAUGAUAAGAAUGGAAUUUUCCAAUUUGAUUCCGUUAAACUUUCCAAUACACACAGUCUGGAGGAUGAACAUUUCGCAUCAGAAAUAAAACAUAAAUAUAUUACAGCUGUUCAGAAAUUUCUGUUUGAAUGUGAAAUUCAAAAAAAAAUUAUUAGAGAUCAAAAUAAUAAAAUACAAAAAGAAGUUUUGCAAAUGGCACUUAAAAAUGAAAUACCAAAUAAUAAAUUGCAACAUCAAUGUAUAAACUACUUGGUUUUUCUUCGGAAUCUAAUGGAAAAACAAAUUAAAAGUUUUCAAGAUAAAGCAUUAAAAAUUUUAACAUUUUUUAAUGAAAUUAAAUCAAACAAUAUAUCGAAUUCAAACUCACAUUUUGGCAAUAUGUGUUCGACGCCCACGUGGAAAUUAUAUUUAUAUGAGACUAAGGAAGAAUUUAAGAAAAUGCGGGCUGUUUUUGAAAAAUUUAAAAUCCUUAUUCUUUAUGAAAAUGCGUUGAAUUUGAAAACGUUUGCAUUUGUUACAAUGAAAGAAGAGCCACCAGAUAGCUUACACAGCCAAUUAAGAGAAAUUAUUAAGAAUAAUUCUUUGAGUAAACAGCAAGAUGGGAAUACUAACAUUCAAUUACAAAUUUUGCAGGAAUAUAUUUAUGGUCCAUACUUGGGGAUUUUAAACAAACCGAAGCAGACUGAUGACACGCCUGUAAAUAAUUUCAACCAAGCAUUUUCAUCUGGCUUCGUACCGAAACUAUACUUUGUUAAACCAACUCAUAAUUUAAAUGUUCCUAAUAAUAAAUCAAAUAAGACUGGUAAAAUAAAAACUAAUAUUCGAGAAGCAGACACUUUUAUUGAUAUAUCAACUUUUUGGAUUAAGAAUUUAAAAGUGCCUAAUAAAUCUGUUUCUGUAACUGAAAAUGUUGAUCACGAAAUGAAGUUAAGAAUGUCAAUUUCUAAGUUAAAUAAAUACGUGUUUGGUGUAAACAAUUUUAAUCGAUUUGAAAUAAUCGUAAAUUCAGAUUGCCGAAAAAAAUUAUCAACACUAAAUAUGACCGAAUUAUCUGAAAAUUUAUCUGAAUAUAUACCUGCAUAUUUAUUACAUGGUCGAGUUUUUAUGAGUAAAGAAAAAUUACAAUAUUUUGAUAUUUUAUCAUUACCCAUAAGUAUUUAUUUUGGUUCACAAACGAGAAAUGGAUUUUUUGAACCAUUUAUAAAUAUCAAAUGCAACUUUAAUCGUGUAGAUGGUUUACCACAUAAUAUUGAAGUAGAAAUCAAAAAAAUUACACCAGAAACGAUGCAUACGAUGGACACCAUUUCAAAUAAUCGGUCGAUUUGUGAUGAAUCAAUAUGCAGUCAAUUUUCAAAUUUGCAAAUGAAUGCAUCUGGAUAUCCCUUUUUAAACGAACAAAGCGAGUCUGAAGUUUCAAGAUACACUGAUUCACCAAAAAGUAUUUUAACGAGAUCAACAGGUGCUAAGCCAAAACAAUCGAUAAAUUCUAGAAGUAAAAAACAAAAACGUGUAACAAUAGAUGAAAAUUUGGAAACAUGUUGCAUAUGUCGAGAUACUUUUCGUAAAAAACCUAAAUUUCAUCUUAAGUGCAGGCAUAUUUUUCAUAAAGAGUGCAUUCUAAUUUGGCGUCAAAAUAAUCGUUUCUGCCCUGUUUGUCGACAAAUUAUUGAGUAUGAAGAAUUUCCACCGCUUUGAACUAAGAUGUUGUUUUUUUAAUAUUAUAAUUGAAACUUCUUAAUUUUUUAAUUCGCUGUGAUCGUUCAGAAUAGAUAAAUAAUUUUAUAAGUAGUUGGAUAUGAAGAAUUUAUUUAUUUAUCCUACUACGAUACAGAGUAAAAUCGUAGAGACCAGCAUUGAAAAUUUAUUGUUUAUAAUCAGUGGGGAGCAAUAAAAUUUUUAAGAAGAGACCCGCAAACAGUUUAAUGAUACUAGUUUUUUACAGGUGUAUUUAAUUGAAAAAACUAAAGCAAUCGAUAAAAAAUGAUCAUUGCGAAUCCAACAUUAAAAAUUUCAUA